GUACUUUUUCGUACACUCUUAUAAAAAAAAAAAAAAAAAAUUGGUUAAAACUUAGAAGUUUGCUGUUUUCUGUUAAUGUUGUUGGCAAACUCUGUUGUACAUGAAGCGAACCUUUCCUGUUUCUUCCUAUGAAUUUUAUCAAAGUGAGUCCUUUUUCGUCAACCAUAAAAAAAUUAACUUUGUAUGAAAAACUCACUCUAAAACCAACAAUAAACCUCUCAAUCCUAGAGACCCACUUGCCCAAAUGCCAAAAUCUCAAGCUUUUCAACCAAAUACUCUCCCAGAUGAUCCUCACUGGGUUCAUCGGAGACACCUUUGCUGCCAGCAGAAUCCUCAAGUUCUCUACUGACUCACCCUUUAUCCACAUUCAUCAAUCCUUCCAAAUCUUCAACCACAUUGAGAACCCAAAUGGGUUCAUUUGGAACACCAUGAUGAGAGCUUACGUACAAAGAAACUAUCCUGAAAAGGCUAUCUUUUUGUACAAAUUGAUGGUGGAUAACAAUGUGGGUGGUAGUGAUAAUUACACACACCCAAUUCUAAUUCAAGCUUGUACUAUCCGGUUAUCAGAUUUUGAAGGGAAACAGAUGCACAACCAUGUUUUGAAAUUGGGUUUUGAUUCAGAUGUUUAUGUUCAGAACACAUUGAUUAACAUGUAUGCAGUUUGUGGGAGUAUGGGUGAUGCGCGCCAGUUGUUUGAUGAAAGUCCUGUUUUGGAUUCGGUUUCAUGGAAUUCGAUUUUGGCAGGGUAUGUUCAGAUAGGGGAUGUGGAGAAUGCCAAGUGUAUUUGUGAGUUGAUGCCAGAAAGGAAUACGAUUGCUUCAAAUUCUAUGAUUGUGUUGUUGGGAAGGACAGGUCAUGUCGUUGAGGCUUGUCAGUUAUUUAAUGAGAUGCCUGAGAAAGAUAUGGUAUCGUGGAGUGCAUUGAUUUCUUGUUAUGAGCAAAAUGAAAUGUAUGAGGAGGCUUUGGUUAUGUUUAUGCAAAUGAAAACUAAUGGAAUUAUGGUUGAUGAGGUUGUGGUGGUUAGUGUUUUGUCUGCGUGUGCGCAUUUGUUAGCUGUCAACAUAGGAAAAAUGAUCCAUGGCUUGGUUGUCAAAAUUGGAAUUGAAUCUUAUGUUAACCUUCAAAAUGCUUUUAUUCACUUGUACUCAACUUGUGGUGACAUAAUGGCAGCUGAAAAACUAUUCAAUGCAGGCUGCCAAUUGGACCAGAUAUCCUGGAACUCCAUGAUCUCUGGGUACUUGAAAUGCGGAUCAGUUGAAAUUGCUAAGAAAUUAUUUGAUUCCAUGCCUAGUAAGGAUAUUGUGUCUUGGAGUGCAAUGAUAUCAGGGUAUGCUCAGCAUGACCAUUUCUCAGAGACUUUGGCACUGUUCCAGGAAAUGCAGCUUGAGGGAAUUAGGCCUGAUGAGACCACUUUGGUUAGUGUAAUAUCAGCUUGCACUCACCUGGCUGCCCUUGACUUAGGUAAAUGGAUUCAUGCUUAUAUAAAGAAGAAUGGUCUAAAGGUUAACAUCAUUUUGGGUACAACCCUUAUAGACAUGUACAUGAAAUGUGGGUGUGUGGAAAAUGCAUUGGAAGUUUUUCAUGGCAUGGAGGAAAGGGGGGUUUCUACUUGGAAUGCUCUCAUUCUUGGUUUGGCAAUAAAUGGUUUAGUGGAUAAGUCACUAGACACUUUCUUUGACAUGAAGAAAUGUGGUGUAGUGCCCAAUGAGAUAACAUUUAUGGGAGUUCUUGGGGCUUGUCGACACAUGGGCUUAGUUGAUGAGGGGCGUCGCCACUUCAAUUCAAUGAUUCAAGAACAUCAGAUAGAACCCAAUGUUAAGCACUAUGGAUGCAUGGUUGAUCUUCUAGGACGUGCAGGAAUGCUCAAAGAAGCAGAGGAAAUCCUUGAGAGUAUGCCUAUGGCACCGGAUGUUGCUACCUGGGGUGCCUUGCUUGGAGCUUGCAAGAAACAUGGUGAGAAUGAAAUGGGGGAGAGAGUAGGAAGAAAGCUCAUUGAGCUUCAACCUGACCAUGAUGGUUUCCAUGUGCUAUUGUCCAAUAUAUAUGCUUCAAAAGGUCACUGGGAUGAUGUUCUUCAAGUUAGGGGGACGAUGAUACAGCAUAGGGUGGUGAAGACCCCAGGGUGUAGCAUGAUUGAAGCAAAUGGAGUAGUCCAUGAAUUUCUAGCAGGAGAUAAGACACAUCCUUUAAUAAAUGAGAUUGAGGAUAAGUUGGAUGAAAUGAAUAAGAAAUUGAAAAUGGAAGGUUAUGUACCAGAUACAAAUGAGGUUUCCCUUGACAUUGAUCAAGAAGAGAAGGAAACCUCUCUGUUUAGGCAUAGUGAGAAGCUUGCAAUUGCCUUUGGGCUUAUUGUUAUCAUUCCACCAACACCAAUAAGGAUUAUAAAGAAUUUGCGAAUAUGUAAUGAUUGUCAUUCAGCAGCUAAAUUCAUCUCUAGAGCUUUUGAUCGUGAAAUUGUAGUGAGGGAUCGGAACCGCUUUCACCACUUUAAGCAGGGUUCUUGUUCAUGUAUGGACUAUUGGUAGCAAUAUAUUAUACAUAAGCUGAUCGACUUCAAUGUUAUCUUGUUGCUGAGAUUGUUCCUUAAGAGCUUGUCUAGUUACGAGUUAUGGCUAUACCAAACAUUUUGCUUCACAGUGCUUGAUGGCUUUACAGUUCCAAGAUGCAUGCUACUGAAGCACUAAGAAAUAAUACUUCAGUGGCAACUACUGAUACAACGCCUCCCUCAUGAGACUUGAAGGAAGGCUGCACUUAUGCCUUGUAGGGCUAUCUUUGAGGUUAAGACCUACCAUGAGACUUGGAUGAUGGUUUAAAAGUUGAAGUCCUAUUUAUGUAAAACCACAACUAACGUCAGAUGCAAGGACAUGUCAUGCCAAAUUGCCAAUGUGAUGGCUGGAAUACGAAAUGAUCCUGGGAACCAUGCAAUUUCAACUGCCUCCUGGCAUUAUAUCAAUUGAUCUGACUUCAAAUCAUGGGACGGUAAAUAUCCUCACUAACAAGAUACUCAUGUUUUCAUUGUGAUACUUGCAGUAUUCUGUGUUGUAAACAUGCCUGUUCAUGUACUAUUUCUAGAGGAAAGAGAUGGUACCGCUGUCAUUGUUGUAUGUUAUGUGAGUCAUGAGGUCACUCGUCUAGAAAAUCAGCACUGCUGCUUAGAUGACUAGCUAGAUUUCUGAUAAAUGAUAUUGGCUGUUUGCAGCCAUAAAAUUCA